GAUGAUGUUUUGGAGAAAGCCAAGAAAGCCAAUGUUAUGGCUCUUGUGGUGGUUGCUGAACAUUCAGGAGAAUUUGAAAAGAUUAUGCAGCUUUCAGAAAGGUAUAAGGGGUUUGUCCUGCCAUGUUUGGGUGUUCACCCUAUUCAGGGAGUUUCACCAGAAGACCAAAGAAGUGUCAUAUUAAAGGAUUUGGAUGUAGCUUUGCCCAUAAUGGAGAAUUAUAAGGAUCGAUUAUUGGCAAUUGGAGAGGUGGGACUAGAUUUCUCCCCCAGAUUUGCUGGCAGUGAUGAACAGAAGGAAGAGCAACGACAAGUCCUAAUCCGUCAGGUCCAAUUAGCCAAAAGAUUAAAUUUGCCUCUAAAUGUUCACUCACGCUCAGCUGGAAGACCCACCAUCAGCCUCUUACGUGAGCAAGGUGCUGACAAAGUGCUUCUGCAUGCAUUUGACGGCCGGCCAUCUGUAGCCAUGGAAGGAGUAAGAGCUGGGUACUUCUUCUCAAUUCCUCCUUCUAUCAUAAGAAGUGGACAGAAGCAGAAACUUGUGAAACAGUUGCCUUUAACUUCAAUUUGCUUAGAAACAGAUUCACCUGCGCUAGGACCAGAAAAACAGGUACGAAAUGAACCCCGAAAUAUUUCCAUUUCAGCAGAAUAUAUUGCCCAGGUGAAGGGGAUCUCAGUAGAAGAAGUUAUAGAAGUGACAACACAGAAUGCAUUGAAACUAUUCCCCAAGCUUCGGCAGCUGCUCCAGAAGUAGCUUCGAAACCAAAUCUGCUGCAGGGGACAGCAUUUUAGAGAAAGAAAUGUUCCAAUUAAGACUCUGAACUAGGGGCACCCAGGUGGCUCAGGCAGUUAAGCGUCCGACUUUGGCUCAGGUCAUGAUCUCACAGUUUGUGGGUUCAA